AUGACGGGGUACCAAACUGUAGGGUCUGGCACGGCGACGGAAGAGGCCAGCGGCGAAGACAUGGCGCAUCCACGCCGAUCCCGCAACCCUAAGCUUGGGGGCGGCCACGCCUCCAUGCUGAGCAGCAACAUCAACCUUCUGAACACCAUUGUCGGUGCCGGAACCCUCGCCAUGCCCGCAGCCAUGUCCCACUUCGGUGUCAUGCUAGGCGUGCUGUUGAUUGUGUGGUGUGGCCUCACCUCGGCUUUUGGCCUGUACCUUCAGGGCCGCUGCGCUCGGUACCUCGACAGGGGCACGUCGUCCUUUUUCGCGCUGUCCCAGAUUACCUACCCGAACGCCGCCGUUGUGUUUGAUGCUGCCAUUGCAAUAAAGUGCUUCGGGGUGGGCGUUUCCUACAUGAUCAUCAUUGGAGACCUGAUGCCUGGGGUUGCCGAGGCGUUUGGGAGUAUCGACUCGGGGCUGUCGUUUUUGGAUGAUCGCCGGUUUUGGAUCACGGUCUUCUUUGUGCUCUUCAUUAUCCCGCUGAGUUUUCCCAAGAGGUUAGACUCGCUCAAGUACACGAGCAUGGUGGCGCUUCUCGCCAUUGGGUACUUGAUCCUGCUGGUGGUGUAUCACUUUGCCGCCGACGAAAUUCCGAAUGAUCGGGAUAUUCGCAUUAUCACAUGGGAGGGCCCGGCUGCUGCGUUGAGGACGUUACCGGUUGUCAUCUUUGCCUACACGUGCCACCAGAAUAUGUUCUCGAUUGUGAACGAGAUCAAGGAUAACUCCCCGGGCAGCAUCGUGGGUGUCAUUGUCUCGAGCAUUGGCUCCGCGGCAUCGGUCUACAUCCUAGUCGCUAUCACUGGCUAUCUUACUUUUGGUAACGCGGUCAAAGGGAACAUUGUUGGCAUGUACCCCCCUUCCAUCGCCUCGACUAUCGCCAAGGCAGCCAUCGUUGCGCUUGUGACAUUCAGCAUUCCACUUCAAAUCCAUCCUUGUCGCGCCUCGAUCGAUGCUGUGCUCCGCUGGCGCCCUGGCAACAACUCGCGAUCCACUAGCCCAUCCCGUGCUACGGGUCCGGCCAGUGGCCAUCAACCUUUGCUGCCUUCUUCUAGCAGCCCCGCUGCGCCGUCACCGCCUGCCCUCGACAGCCAUGGUAGUCCCGCCGCAGCCAUGUCAGAGAUGCGUUUCGCCCUCAUCACCAGCACGAUCCUCGUGCUGAGCUAUGUCACAGCCCUGCAUGUUAGCACACUGGAUCGUGUGUUGGCAUAUGUUGGAAGCACGGGGUCCACGGCUAUCUCGUUUAUUCUCCCGGGCCUGUUUUACUACAAGAUUAGUGAUCCGGAUAGUACCUACCACCAACGCCUUUCCAAGGAGGACGAUGAUGCCGGGCUGGAUGUCCAGGACGAUCGUGAUGCGAACGAUGAGGAUGAGGAUGAUGAGGCGGUUGUUGGCUCGGGGUUGCUGGCGCCUAGUGUCGCCAGCCUGCGGUCGACGGCGAGCACGACAGGGAGCGGGGGGCGGGGCAUCUGGCGGUGGAGACGCAAGUGGAGAUGGGAUUUGGAACACCUAGACACCGGCCUGCUGCGGAAGCUGUCACUUUGCUUGUCCAUGUACGGUGUGUGUGUCAUGGUGGUGUGUUUGGGGACGAACGCUUUCUUUUCGAAAUGA